GCGCGCUUGGCCUAUUAGCGCGUGCGCGCGCGGCCUGUAGCCUGGGCAGCGGCGGGAGCUGGAGCGGACGGAGGGAAGAAACGGCCGGGGGAACGAACGCAGCAGGAUGCCGAAUAAAAGCAAGAAGGACAAGGAGCCCAGCAAACCCGGCAAGAGUUCCAAGAGCGGCGGCAAGGAUGGCACAGAGAACGCGGAAGAGGUCCAACAGCAGCCAGCUCCAAACAAGCGGCCCAGUAACAGUGCUCCUCCUCAAACUCAGCUCAACAAGAUCAAGUAUUCUGGAGGACCACAGAUUGUAAAGAAAGAGAGACGUCAGAGUUCAUCCCGCUUCAACCUGGCUAAGAAUAGAGAGCUACAGAAACUGCCAGCACUUAAAGAUGCACAAGCCCACGAGAGAGAAGAGCUGUUUGUUCAGAAGUUACGACAAUGCUGUGUUCUUUUUGACUUUGUCUCUGACCCUCUCAGUGACCUUAAAUACAAAGAAGUGAAAAGAGCAGGUUUGAACGAGAUGGUGGAAUACAUAACCCACAACCGGGAUGUGAUCACAGAAGCUAUUUACCCAGAGGCUGUUAUUAUGUUUUCAAUAAACCUAUUCAGGACAUUGCCACCUUCAUCUAACCCCACCGGGGCUGAAUUUGAUCCUGAGGAAGAUGAGCCCACACUUGAGGCUGCAUGGCCACAUCUGCAGCUUGUCUAUGAAUUUUUCCUGCGAUUCCUUGAGUGUGCUGACUUCCAACCAAAUAUAGCCAAGAAGUAUGUCGACCAGAAAUUUGUCCUGUCGUUACUGGAAUUGUUUGAUAGUGAGGAUCCAAGGGAGAGAGAUUUCCUGAAGACAAUUCUUCAUAGAAUCUAUGGCAAGUUCCUGGGCUUGAGAGCUUACAUCCGGAGACAAAUCAAUAAUAUAUUUUACAGGUUUAUUUAUGAAACAGAACAUCAUAAUGGAAUUGCGGAGCUUCUAGAAAUUUUGGGCAGUAUAAUCAAUGGGUUUGCAUUACCUUUAAAGGAAGAGCAUAAAAUGUUCCUGAUCAGAGUGUUGUUGCCAUUGCACAAGGUGAAGAGUCUCAGUGUGUACCACCCACAGCUGGCCUAUUGUGUGGUGCAGUUCCUUGAGAAAGACAGCAGCCUUACAGAGCCAGUGAUCGUAGGUUUGCUCAAGUUCUGGCCCAAAACACACAGUCCAAAGGAAGUCAUGUUUCUGAAUGAACUGGAAGAAAUUCUAGAUGUCAUUGAACCCUCAGAGUUUGUGAAAGUAAUGGAGCCACUGUUCCGACAGCUUGCUAAGUGUGUUUCUAGCCCGCACUUCCAGGUGGCAGAGCGAGCUCUAUAUUAUUGGAACAAUGAAUACAUCAUGAGUUUGAUCAGUGACAAUGCUGCCAAAAUCCUCCCUAUAAUGUUCCCUGCACUCUACAAGAACUCUAAAAGUCACUGGAACAAGACAAUUCAUGGACUGAUUUACAAUGCAUUGAAGCUGUUCAUGGAGAUGAAUCAGAAGCUGUUUGAUGAUUGCACUCAACAGUACAAGGCAGAGAAACAGAAGGAGAAAUUUAAACUUAAAGAGCGUGAAGAGAUCUGGCAAAAGAUCGAACAUUUAGCCCAACAUAACCCUCAGUUUAACAUGUAUGUUGAGCCUUCAGAUAUCAACACUGUGCUGUCUAUGGAGACAGAGACUCCCACAGCUGAGGAUAUCCAGUUGUUGAAGAAGGCUGUGGAGACUGAGGCUGUCCAGGUGAAGAAGGACAUGAAGAAGGAGAAGACCCUGCUACGCCGGAAGUCAGACCUGCCCCAGGAUGUGUACACUAUAAAGGCCCUGGAAGCACACAAGCGGCCAGAAGAGUUCCUCAGCUCAAACCAGGAGGCUCUCUGACGUGCAGCAACUGCACACCCCCGUAACAAUCCCCUGGCACCAGGAUAUGAGCAGACACCGUCUGUCGUGUAAAGCAUAGAAUGAACUGUUGAUCAGUGUUUAUGUAAAGCUGUGUCCUUCCCUUUUGUAACCAACUUUUAUGUUUAUCCCCCUUUGCUGCUGUUUCUUGCCUGGUCUUAGACAGCUCUCCCAGUAUCUACCUUGAACGGUUUCUGUUUGCCCUGGAAGAGAGUUGGGUUGCUGUGGCUGACUGCAGACUCCAAGUACCUGAAGACAGUGGAACACAGCCACUGCAUGUUACUGAGAGAGAGCGUCAACUUGUCCAGUCUUGGGCCUGCAUUGUCCACUGUCAGAUGGCUCUGACCAUUGUCCAGCCUGCACUGUCCCAAGUGACUGUGGUCUUUCUGUUCAUGGACCAGUCAGCUGGUCACCUCUGAGCUUUAUUGUGAUCUCAGUAGCCAGUUCACCCUUGAAGAGGGGAGCUGUUAUCGUGGCAAUUAAAAUCACUGUGACGGAUGAGCCUAGAUUUGUACAGUGGGUACUGAGCGCCUGGCAGGGCCGGGCGCUCUUGGAAUCUCUGCUUUGGUUUCCUCUAGGCACUGGGUGUGAGGUUGAGUUACUUAGCCAUUGUACGUGUCACUCCGUCCCUGCCAAACACUGCACUUUCUGGAACAGUAAGCGGGCAAUUUCCUGUCUUUCUAUCUGAUCUCAGCCCAGCUGAUGUAUGCCUACCAGGCAUAAAAGUGACUUUCAGUUUAGUCAUUUUGCAUCCCUUCCCCACCAUCAGGUGGUGCAGCUAAUCUGGCAUUAGCCUCUCUGAAUGGUGAGUGGUUUCACUUGUAAAAUCGACAUUUUUUGACCCCUGAAUUUGGGUCCAUUUUCCUGUAAUUUGUGGCUUUCCCUGUUGUGUGUGUUUUGAACCUUUGUGGAAUCACAACCGUGUGACAUUCUAUGAAUGAUGGAUAUAUGAAAUAGCUCAGUAUAGGACAGAAACUUCCUUCCUGCAGUACGGUACUGUCACGAGAUCAGACUGGCCCCUAACAAGAGUGAAUAGCAUGGGGAGGAGGGGGUUAAAUGUCACAUUUUAAUGACUGGUCCUGAUUUUGUAGAUCAUGUAGCAUUACAUUGAAGGCCAAGUUUCUGUGGAGCUAUAGUGCACUACCCAUCCUAUAACCAAACAAAAAUGGCUUUGGUAUUACCAUUUCUUUUAACAGAUUCAUGUAAAGUAUUAAGUGAAAAGACCAUUUCAUUAAGUACCUAUAAGCCCCCAUAUGAAGCAGAGAAGACAUGGUCGGUGCUGAGUUCCCAAGCUCGUUCAACUUUGAAAAUCCAGGUACUUUACAAAGAGUGAGAAGGGCAGUUGACUUCAUCCACAAUAGUAUUUAGGAAGGUGUUUUCUAAAUACUGUUUAUAUGUGUAGCCAAUAAAAGUGGAGUGUAUGCUUCAGCUGCUAAAACCGAAUGGAGUUGUGGUUUAUUUUUGGAGAGGUUGUGGCCAGAGGGGAUUUGGAGUCCUCUACAGAUCCCUUGCCCAAGGAUGGAUAUCCGUAAUUUAUUUUCCUUUGCACUUCUACUCACUGAGUCCAGAGUUCCACAGACAGUGACGAGCUGGUGGGUGGCAGCAGUUUGUCUUCACAUUUUUUGCCAGGUGAACAAAAACCAGGUAUUUUUCUCAUCCGUGCCCUGGACAAGCCUGUAUCACAAGUAGUGAUAGUUUCACAGUAAUUCACUUUAGCAAAACAAAUACACUCACCUUUUUGGUGUUGGGUUGGCAGCUACUCUAACCCUGACCUUGGCAGUUUCUCACCCGUUUCUUCAUUCAGUGUACAGAAUGUUUAUUAAAAUCCAAACUGAGAUCCUUGUUUUGCCAAGAAUGUAUUCAUGCUGACCCCAAUAUCCACUUGAGGACUUUGCUCGGCUCCCCAGUGAUACAAAAUCCUUGAAGCAACUAAGUCACCUAGAUGUGGGUUCCAGGCCUACACAGAUUAGAGCGUGGUUGAGGCUGGUGUUUUGGUGAGCUUGUUCAUUAAUCAUGGAGUGGAGAGGAAGAUAUGGUACAGGGGAUGUUCUGCAGUAUUUAUUGUUGGAUGAUAUAUCCAGCCUCAGCUGCCCACUUGGAUGAC